AUGAAUCAAGCAAUACGUUUCUUAUCUAUCCAACAGAAAAAUAAUAUUAAAUUUUUGGAUUCAUCAUCAAUAAAAUUAAAUUUAAUAUUAAAGAAAAUGUUUGAUUCAAAACAAUACAAACAAGCUUUUGAACUUGUUGAUGAAAAAUUUGAUACAUGCACAGAUAUAACAAUUGCUUCGGCAAUUAAAGCUUGUGCUGUAUCAAAAGAUUAUACACGUGGCAUUAAUAUUCAUCGAAAACUAUCACCAAAUUCAAUGAAUAAUUCUUAUAUUCAAGGAUCAUUAAUUCAAUUUUAUAGUGAGUCAUUUAUUUUAUUAAUCACAAUAAUACUAUAUAAUAAAGUAAAUAUAUGA